AAGGGUGGGAAUUAUGGUGAAGGGGCAACUACAGUGCCUCGGAUCUACACAGCAUCUAAAGAAUAAAUUUGGCCAAGGAUAUUCACUCGAGUUGAAAAUGCAGCCAAAUCAUCAGAAUGAAAACCAACAAGCAAUUCAAGAUUUUGUUAAAAAUUUAUUUGGUGACGUUACAACAACACACAACUUUGCCCAUCGUUUCGUGUACAAAGUUUCCCAGGAUUCUAUGCCUAACUUAUCUAAAGUAUUCAGGGAACUGGAACAAGCAAAACGAGACCUUGGGAUUGAGGAAUAUAGCUUCAGUCAGUCAACUCUUGAACAGGUGAGACAACAUUUACAACUUGAAUAA